UGAGCUGCAUCCAACACCUGCAGUACUACAUGUGUGUCGAGGUCAUCGAGCCCUCCUGGUGCCAGCUCAUACACAGCCUGGAGAAGGUGAACAACGUGGACGAGGUGCUGGAGCGGCACAGCGACUUCCUAGAACAGUGCCUCGGAGACUGCAUGCUCACCAGCCCGCAGCUGCUCAAGGCCGUCACCACGCUUUGCCAGGUCUGCGUGCAGUUCUGCGCCUUCAUACAGGAGAUGCACAAGUACUUCGUGGACGCAGAGCUUAACAGUAUGCUCGGAUCAUCGUAUGACAGUUCAGACUGUAGCGAGGUUAGCGAGGUACUGCCAAUGUCACUAGCACUCGACAGUUACACGCACAUCUGUACACGAGUUUCGAUUUGGAAUACCAUUUCAUGAGACAACAGUGUGUGUGAACGCAGCCGAAACUUAAUUCGUACCGUUCGGUGUGAAAUUGAGAAUCGAAAAAAAAAUUUUCUACUCGACUAUAAUAGUUGAAUUAAGAUUUUGUAUACCAAACUGUAAUUGGGUACUUUUAAUGUAUGGGCUCCCAACUCGACUAUAAUAUUAAUUUCGAUACGCUGUUCAAUUCAAAUCAAUUCAAUUAUUUAUUCAUAAAAUUUUACAUUUUAUACGUCCGUCGGUUUACAAUUACACAUUACAUUAGAUAUUAAAUAUACAUUAAACAACUAGCUGUAGUCAACUAUAAAAUAAUUUGACCAAUCACGUGUCGCCGCGCUCCCAUAGAAAAUACAUAAACGCGCGACUAUUUUGUAUGAGAUACUUACCAAUUUUCAUUAAUUAUUUAGGUUUUAUAGUAGAAAAAGUAUUAUUAUAGAUGACUCGUAGAAAACGUAUUGUAUCCAUAGUGAUAUAAUCAAGCUUUUCAAUCUCGUACCUCACUUAGGCAACUCAGCAAGGUUCGUUGCCUAAACACGGUCCUCGACUGAAAAGCUCUCUCACGAUUGUAUAAAAUACUUUUUAAAUUGUUGUGCAGUGAGGGUUACAGUAUU